AUGUCGCCCUCGCCGCUUCCCCGCCGCGCGGUGCAGCUUGCCCCCAGCUCGCUUGCUCUGGUCUUGCGUCGCCGCCCGCAGCAGCCCCGGGAGGCGGACGAAGCAGAGGCCGGGGAAGCGGCGGCGGACUGUUGCGAGGACGAGGCGCGCGGCGCGGCCGUCUUCCAGGCGUUCCGGCGCGCCAACGCCGCCUGCUAUUGGAACGCCGGGCUGGCGCGCGCCGUGGGGCGGGUGCGGCUGCAGGGCUGGCUGCGGGGCGGCGUGCUGCUCUUGCAGGGCCCCCCCGCCCCCCUGCAGCUCCUCCGCGACGCCUGGCUCCGCAGGGCGCUGCGGGCCCCCAAGGGCUUCCUCAUCCGAGCCGUAGGUGAUGUCUCUCCGGUGCAUAUGAAUCCAAUUUCACAGUCUCAGUUUGUUCCUUUGGCAGAAGUCUUGUGCUGUGCUAUAUCUGAUAUGAACGCGGCUCAUGUUACAGUCACACAGGAAGCCUUACUGCAUCAGUUGGGAAAACAUUACCCAGGUAUUGCAACUCCCACCCACGAUAUUCUCUACAAUACUCUCGGAAUGCUAAUUAAAGAGCGAAAGAUAUAUCAUACUGGGGAAGGAUACUUCAUAGUAACCCCAAAUACAUAUUUUAUCUCUAACAAUGCUACAAAGACCAACAAGAGGGCCUUGCUGGAAGAGAAGUGCCUUCCCAAGCCUUCUUUCACAUAUCUUGUAAGCAUGGAAGACGCUGCGGAGCUGACCCCAGAUAAUUUGCCUGUUGCAUCGCAUUGUAGAUCCUGUCACUGUUUUCUUGGGCACAAUGAAGUGAACCAAACAAAAUGUCAGGAACUAGUUGGUCAUGGGCCAAAUGGGAAAAUUCAGAAAGAUUUUUGUGAAUCUAGAUCUUCAGUUCAAAAACCAGGUACAGAGUCACUAGCUGGCAGUCAUUCUUGUGCAAUCACUCACUCUGUACUUUCCAUGAAGGAAAAAGAUAAGGCUAAAAAGUUUAGCCUUAGCCUCUUUUGGCGCAAUACUUCCAAGAAAGAAAAAACUAAAAAAGUCCACUCUACAUUUUCUGCUCAGUUUCCUCCUGAGAAAUGGCCAGUCAGGGAUGAAGAUAAUUUGGAGAACAUUCCACGGGAUGUUGAACAUGAAAUUAUCAAGCGCAUCAACCCUGUACUGACUGUUGACAACUUAACUAAACACACAGCACUGAUGCAGAAAAUCGAAGAACAGAAGAAGUAUAUCAGCAAAGGAACUUCUACGGAAGUGCUAUCAAUGAAGCACAAAUAUCUUUCAAAAGCAUACAGCUGGAAAAAACACAAUAAAGCAGCAAAGCAUCUCAGGAAGGGGCAGCAUAUCAAAGAAAAACAGGGAAAAUGUAAAACCAGUGAACUGAUACCAGCUGAUGACAAUUUGGCAAGCUCUGCUGAACAUCCAUUAUUUCAUGUUACAAGUGAAAUGAUGGUUUGCAGUAAACAGCUGUGUGAUGAUGCGUUAGAUAUGGAAUCUCAUUUUUUAUAUAAAAGGGAAAUUAAUAAUCCAUUUCAAGACAUUCCAGGUAGAAGGAAUAAGUCAACAAAAGGUUAUACAACUCAGAAAAAUUGUGAUGUAAACUCCAGGGCUGUUAGAUCAGAGAGGCAUUUUUCAUGGUCCCAGUCUUUAGAUUCCUCAAGAACUAUGGACUGUAAAGCUGAAGUAUCUCUCCCUGGGAAAUGUCAUGCUGAAGAUGAGAAAAAGAAACAGUUAGAUCACCCACAAUGCCAAGUUGUACAAACAAAUGGCACACACAGAUCCUUGGCAGAAACAGCCACUUGUACGUGUAAUUUGCACAGAGGGACAAACUCCCAAAACACAGUGGAAAUCCAAGUAGCUUCUAACAUUUAUGCUACAUUCAAAAAUGAAGAAGAGAAAAGGUGUCCAGAAAAUUCUGUUCAAACUCACCAUCAUGAUAAAGCAAACAAGUGUAAUAUACUAGGUCAACAUUCAGAUCACUGUCUUCCCAGUGGUACAGAUAUUACCUGUCAAUUUAAACAGGCUGAAGGUAUUGCUGUUCACAGACAAAUGGAUUUAAAGAGUGAGAUAAAGUCCAAGAACACCAGCAAGUGGCUUGAAUCUGUUUACCCACAGUAUGAGGGAUUCAUUUAUGAUGAUCCAGUUCAGUAUCAAAAGGAGGAUAAUGGUGGUACUCGUUCUCUGGAUAAUGAUCUUGUCCAAGAAGAAGAAAUUGUGUCAUCCAAGUUGAAAUCUUACCAACUCCCGUAUAGCUCUUCAGAGCCAGAGAAAUGGAAUAACAUAAGAGAAGAUAGGAGUCCGAAAGUAUCAGGAAAAGAAAGGGCUGAUUCUCUCUUUCCAAGCUACCCAACUGAUACAGAUACCGUAGAUACAUACAAACAUGAAGAAAGUAGUUUUCUUAGUCGGACUAAAUCGAAGGAUAGCUUAAAGGAAUAUGGUAAAGUGAACCUGGAAGGAGAAACUUGUAAGUGCCAUCAAGUGUCUUCUAAAAACAAUGAAGAGAAUGAGGGUAUUUAUGAUCAAGGGCAGAGAACUGAUAAUACUGAAAGGCAUGUACUUGUGUUCCAUGAGGUGCAGGAAACAGAGAACAGAAUUUGGGAGAAGUCAGCAAAUGAAGUGGCUAUGGAAACAGCUUCCUUGAUGUUGCCAUCCAAAGACUGGGAAAUUAAGACAAACCUUGUGGGUAUACAACAGUCAUUUGAUAACACAGAUGAUGCUCCUCUAGAUCGGGGAAUCCAACAUGAGCCAAACCACUUACAAGGCACUGGAAACCAGAGUAUAACAGGAGAUAGUGGGAUAGAUUCUCCCAGAACACAAAGUAUGGUAUCUGCUAAUUCUGCCAUCUUGGAUCUUGGACUGAAGAAAAGAAGCAGCUUUCUCAAGAAUUUAGAAGGUAUAGAGAAGACUUUACAGAGCAGAAACACUCUUACCCCAAACUCCUUGCUUCAGUUGACACCAGUGAUGAAUGUUUAAUUUUUCCGUUUUUUAAAACAAGUUUUGUGAACCUAUUUGUAAAUCUAUUAAUAUAUUUGCUGUAAAUGUCUUAAACUAACACAUGUGAUAAUAUAGGUAAGAUGUUGGCUAUUUCUUCCAUAAAAUGUAUGAAUACUU